AUGUCGACCCCCUUAUCGUCAGCAGCAACCCCGCGUGGCACUGCCAGCCUAAACGUCCCCGCGACGCAGAACACCGCGCCCGUCGUCAAAUUCCGGUGCCUGUUCACGCACGAUGUGCGGCGCAAGGCGAAACGCUGGCAUGAUGGCUUCCUCCGGUAUCACACCUUCAACAAGCGGGUCAUGUGCUACGAUAACACGGGCUAUUUCAUCGGGGAUCUACACUGGCGACAAGAUGAGGGGAUCCAGGACGGGGACGAGCUGGAACUGGACAAAGGCGUGCUGAUCCAGGUCUGCGAGCCGGUGGAAAAGACAGAAACGGAUCUAUCGACGCUUUACAGCAACAAGAAGAAGACUCAGGACUCUCCUCCGCAAGCCGGACGGUCGCCGGCUCCCUUACUUCGCUCGUCUGCGUCCAGUAGGCCUUCGAUACCUUCGCAGUCCCAACAGCCUCGGUCUCUCAAUGAGGUGCUAGGCAUCAGGAAGAUGCCCAUUGGUCCACCUCAAUCUCCCUUCGAGGAACGCGAACAACAGAGACAGAAGGAAGACAACCAACUGGUGUCUGAGAGAGCUGCUAAGCGGCAGAGAACGGCUGCUUCGGAAAGACAGACCGACCAACGUCCCAGCGACGUGGUUCCUAAUGUCCCGGUUCUCGUCGAUCUCUCCGAGUCCUCCAGUGAGCGGCCAGAAAGGACAAACAAGGUCACUCCAGCGGCCCAGUCCGUCUCUACAUUGGCAAGCAAGAACCCUACUCCCACCAGCCGGCCAGACCCCCCAGCGACAAAGAAUACUUCCAGUAGCGACGUUCCACGAGCCGCCGAACCGCACCAAGCACCAAGCAAUGCCCCAGCCCCCGCAUCGAGAUCAAUCUCCGCCCAGUCACCCUCAGACACACCCAGGAGCACGCUUCGGCUGUCUACCAGCCAGCCCCGGAAAAAGCUCAUGUACCAGGCGCUGCUCCCCAACCCGCCAGCGGAAAAGACGGCACCUCAAGAUAAGAAGAUUAGACCUGUACAGUCCAGAUCUCAGUUAGUAUGUGCUCUGUGGCAAUUUUGGAAUCUGACUGACAGUCCCAGCGAGGCUAAACCGCUUUCAAUGCAAGAUCUCAGCUCGACCAACAUGGAUUUCAUUCCGACGGAAUCAACCAUGGGUGUCCUCCAGGGAAUGCUGAUGGACAUUGUUCCUGAAUCGCCAUUGAGAAUGAACGGGGCCCGAGGCACGAUGAUGAACCAACUUCUGAGACCAACUACCACUCUCGAAACCAGAACAUCAGCUCCCCUCCCCUCGAAACCCCCGUCAAAGGGACUCCGGAAGGCCCUGUCCGACCCUACCGCGUUGGCCGCCAGCAACACCGUGCAAUCGCGGUCGCUGCUGAUGAAGAGAUCGCUCUUUGCAGAGCCGAUUGAGGAGCACCCGCUGGAACAAGGACCAUGGACGUCCGAGGCUCUGGAUCUGUUUGAUUUCUGGCCACCGGGACGGCCCAAACCGGCCUGA